GAGUCAAAGUUAUACGAUGUUAAAGAAUAAAAACUAUCUCUACGGUCCGAAGGAUUUCAGUUUACCAACUAAUCUUAAUUUUGGGGAGUUCAUUCUGGGAAAACUUUGGGAGUUUAAAGACCGAGUUGCGUUGAUCGACGGUACAAACCACGAACUCUACAAAUAUGGUCAAAUAGCACAAGAAGCAACGAAUCUAGCCGUCUCUCUCUACAAGCUGGGUGUUAGAAAAGGAGAGACUGUAGCCAUCAUUUCAGAAAAUAGGAGAGAGUUUUUCAGCGCCUUGAUUGGUUCUUCUUGCACUGGAGCUGUUAUAACUACUAUUAAUCUUUGGUAUACUAAAGGUGAAAUGAACCACAUCCUCGGUAUAUCGAAACCAAAAUACGUAUUCUGCUCCCCACAAGCUUUUAAAACCCACGAGAAAACUUUAAGAUUGAACAAAAACAUCCAGAAAAUCAUCCUUUUUGGAGCUGACAGAUUUAACGACACUCUUUUGUUCAACGAUUUAUGCAUUAACGAUGGAAAAGGGAGUUUAACGAGAGAUUACUCUUUUGAAGAGAUAGAUGUGGUGCAUGUGGAUGGACAAACAGACACACUUUUUAUUUUAUAUUCGUCUGGAACUACAGGACUGCCUAAAGGUGUGAUGCUGACACAUGUGAAUAUAUUAGGAAUAUGUUUGUGUGGGGCCAUGGACUUCGGCACCGGGAUUAUCAUGGGCAUAGGCCCGUGGUUCCAUGCAAUGGGCCUGGUGGGCACACUAGCCAUACUCUCUCGUGGCCUGACGUAUGCUUUCCUUGUCAAAUUUGACGUGGACAGCCUUUUGAAGGCAGUAGAGAAGUACAAAGUGGAGAUGCUAUCAUUAGUGCCAGCAGUGCUGAUGGCGAUUCUCAAGAUUCCUACUCAGUAUGACCUUAGUUCAGUUCGUAGGAUUGUCGUGGGAGCGGCGCCGGCGCAUGCUGACACUAUACGGGACUUCUUGGCGAGGUACCCCAACAUCUCCGGGAUAGUACAAGCAUACGGUAUGACGGAGUCGUCGUUGGCUAUCACAAGGAACAUGUUUGAUGAUGACAGAACCCCACCAGCUAGUGUGGGACAAGUGCUCAACAAUACUGUACUUAAGAUUGUAGACCCAGAAACCCGUACACCCCUCGGUCCGAAUCAGACGGGUGAGAUCUGUGUCAAAGGCUCCAUGAUCAUGAAAGGCUACGUCGGCAAGAACCGAGCUGAUGACUUUGAUGAUGAAGGGUUCCUGAUGACAGGCGAUGUAGGGUACUACGAUGAGCAAGGGUUCGUUUACGUGGUGGACAGACUGAAGGAAUUUAUCAAGUAUAAGGCUAAUCAGGUAGCUCCAGUAGAAAUAGAGGCGUUAUUGCUUCAGCACGAAGCAGUUAGGGAGGCAGGGGUGGUGGGGGUGGCUGACAAGGAGGCAGGGGAACUGCCUAUGGCCUUCAUAUCUACCCAGCCAGGGAAGAGUGUGACGGAGAAGGAGAUCCAGGAGUUCGUGGCUCAGAGGCUAUCGAACCCGAAACACCUUCGCGGCGGAGUUCGAUUCGUUGACGAAAUACCCAAGAAUCCCACAGGGAAAAUAUUAAGGAAAGUUCUUAGGAGCAUGGCGAAUAAUGGAAAAAGCAAACUGUGAUUGGAUAUGGUGAA